UCUUUCUCUUGUUUUCCUCCAGCUUUGGCGGAGAUCGGAACUGUUUCCCUGUGCUUUCCUGCUGGAGCAAGAGGCUGAGAGCACCAACAUGGCAGAAAAAGUGAACAACUUCCCUCCCCUCCCGAAGUUCAUCCCRCUGAAGCCAUGUUUCUACCAGGACUUUGACGCGGAAAUCCCACCGCAGCACCGCACCAUGGCCAAGCGGCUUUACUACCUCUGGAUGCUGAACAGCAUCACCUUGGCGGUGAAUCUCGUGGGCUGCCUCGCAUGGCUCAUUGGAGGCGGUGGAGCUGUUAACUUUGGACUCGCCAUUCUCUGGCUCAUUCUCUUUACGCCCUGCUCCUAUGUCUGCUGGUUUAGACCUAUUUACAAAGCUUUCAAGACAGACAGCUCCUUUAGCUUCAUGGCCUUCUUCUUCACCUUCAUGGCGCAGCUGGUGAUCAGCAUCAUCCAAGCGGUGGGAAUCCCUGGCUGGGGUGUCUGCGGCUGGAUUGCAGCAAUUUCCUUCUUUGGGACCAACGUGGGCUCGGCCGUGGUCAUGCUGAUCCCCACUGUCUUGUUCACUGGGAUGGCGGUCUUCUCCUUCAUCGCCCUCACCAUGGUGCACAAGUUUUACCGGGGCAGCGGUGGGAGCUUUAGCAAGGCCCAGGAGGAGUGGACCACGGGUGCCUGGAAGAACCCGCACGUGCAGCAGGCCGCGCAGAACGCCGCGGCGGGCGCCGCGCACGGGGCCAUGAUGCAGCACGAGACGCAGUACUCGGCCACCCCCAACUACACCUACUCCAACGAGAUGUGAGCAGCCGGACCUUGGCCUUGGGUGCUGGAGCUUGGGCGGGGAUGAGUGGAGGAAGAGGAGGAGGAAGACGGCUGAGCCGAUUUGCCACARCUCCCUGGGAAAGGUGGAGCGCACCAGAACGGAUGGAUCUUUUCCCCUGUUCCUUGUAACGACACUUUUCUUUUUCUCUCACGGUCUUGAGCAAUUUUUUUCCUCCUUCUCUUUUCAUUUUGAAGAGGCGCCGAGCUGCCCCGCAGGACUCCUGCUGUGUGUGGUGAUAGGUGUAUAUUCCUGUGUCUUCUUUCCCCUGUGAACUAGUGUAUGGUGAUGGUUUUGAAAUUACUGUGGUGAUAGGUGUAUGUUAGAAGAACAUCAGCCAAAAGCCCUCCCUCGUCCUCCCAAAAAAAAAAAAAGAUAAAAAUAGCAACCAGCACCCAUCUCCCCUCUUGUGAUAAGAGCAGAACUACAGAUAUAUAUGUGUAUAUAUAUAUAUUUUUUCCUCUCUCAGUUGGUGGUGGUGGCCAGCCAUUUGCCACCUGGGGCAAACAGUCCUGGGAAUUCUUCUCCUUCUUGCUUUUUAACUAGCAGGUGGCCGGCAGAUUUAGUGGUGAAAAACAAACCAGUGACUUCAUUGUGCUGUGGGAAGCCGAGAGGCUUCCUGGCUCAGGACCUGCCCCUUCUGUCAGGCCCACGCUCUUGUAAAUGAGUAGUUGACCCUUUUGACAUGGUAGAGCAGUGUUAGUGCGUGGUUGUGACCGAGAGCCACAGUGCACUGUGUUUACGUGUGUUUGCUGCAGCAAGGCAUUUUUUAUGUAAAACUGGCGGAGGUUCUGCAUCCUGGCUCUGUGUUUUAAAGGAUUUUACUUCAAAAAAGGGACUCAAAUGGGCCGAAUGUUUCUCGGAGGACCUGCUCUUGGGCAAGGCUCUGGCUCCAAUCUUGCCACCUCAUAUGCAAGCACAUAAUACCAGUCUCACUGACUGGCUCCACAGGGUGAUCAAGACUGGGCCCUGUUACCUUCAAGGCAUACGCAAAUUUGGGGACCUUUAGCUAAAAGAUGGUGCUGGCAAUAACUCCUUGUCCCAUGGGACUUCCAGGAAAGUYGGUGGGACUUGGCCUUGCACCUCUGCUGGGGUUCCUUGCACAUAAGGGAUAUGGUGGCCCAGCAGGAGCUUUGUGGGGCAUCAGCCUCGUGGCCCCUGUCUCUCUUGUCACCAAGAGAUGCUUGUGAGUGAAAUGGGUCCCUGAGAAUCAUGCCGAAAAGGGGCUUAUUUCCUUCAUAUCCUAUGUGUACCAAGCGUAGUCACCUCUCGUGGGCACCACUCGAGCUGUUCAGCCGAAGGAGGUCGUCUCCUGACACGACUAAAGUGCAGCUAAUGAUAAAGAUGCCUCUGUGCGUGUGUGUGUGCGUGUGUGUGUUAAAUAUAUAUAUAUAUGUAUAAAACGUAAAGAGAAAACUAAUCCUUUGCUGAAUCUAUUAUGUACUUAAUCAGGUUUAAAUAUUGUGCAAUUCAUUUAAAGCUAGCCGAAAGCUGCCUCUGCCAAACAGUGUGCUCUGUCCUCCCGCCUGUGAGAAAUGAUGGAUUAUUGGUAAUACCAUUUUUUUUCCCCUGUGUUUAUGCACAAAGGCCGCAUGUAACACACUAUAAAUAACAGCCACAGCUUUGGUGUGCGGCCACCCUCUGCUGCGCGUGCGAGCGGGGCCUCCACCACGGCGAGGCGGAGGUUAUAAAAAUAACCCUUUUUAUUUCCGUUUUCCUGGAAACCCCAAUCCUGGGCUGUCAGGACUGAGCUAUCUCUGUGGCC